AUGCAGCAGGGGCACUCCUUAGCCAACUACCGCUGGAGCGCAGACGGUGCCGCAGGACGCAAGCGGGAGUCUCUGUAUGACGACAAUGGCGAGCCCAGCAGCAGCAGCAGUGGUGCCAGAGCUGGUGGCGGGUGGCCCGAGGAAGGGCUAGAUGCUCCCGACGGAGAGCAGCAGCUGUUGCAGGGGCAGCAGCAGGCUUGGGAGGCGGCUGACACAGAUGAUGGAAGCAGCCUACGCAGCAGCAGGCUGGGCCGGCGGCGAGCGCGGGCAUCGCCUGUCGUCGGCAGCGGCAGGCUCAGCCGGCGGCGGCAGGAGGCGGCGGAGCGAGCGGCGGCGGAGCAGGGAGCUGCGCCAGCGGGUGACCCAGAGGAUGCUUGGGUGCAGGCAGAGCUGCGGCAGCUGCGGCGGCGGCAGCAGGCGGCGGCGGCAGGCCGGGAGGCGGCGGCGGCGCCGGUGCCAGACCCUGUGGCCCAGGACUGGGGGCCCCUGGAGGGUGCGCCUGCAGCUGCUGCUGCGGCGGCAGAGGACUGGGGCUGGGCAGCCGAGUCGUGGGCAUCUGGCGUCAGAAGCAACGGCAGCAGCUCCCGGCAGCGCGGGCAGCAGGCGGCUGCCGAGGCAGGCGCCGGCGCGGGCAGCGCCUGGGAGCUGGCGCAGCAGCAGCGAGAGCUGCGCCGACAGCGGCGGCGAGCGCGGGCGGCGGCCGCUCGCGACGCGCCCCAGGCGCCUGCCGCGGACGGCGGCGCCACGUAUGGCGGAGCGGCUGCCGGGGGCGCCUAUGCCGCGCCUGGCGACGGCCAGCAGUACAGCAGCGAGCGGUACGGCGGCGAGUACGGACCUGGGUACGACGCCUACGCCACGCAGCAGCAGCAGGCUGGGCGGUACGACGGCGACGGCGCGGAGGGUGCCAGCUGGCAGGAGCGGUACGGUGACGACGGCGGGCAGUACACCGAGGCCUACGAGCCAGGCGUGACUGCGGAGCCAGACAUCGCGCUGCUCAGCUCGGACGAGCUGGACCGCGUGCUGCCCGUCAUCCCCUUCGCCCAGCAGGCCUCCUUCUACGGCGGCACGGCCACCGACGGCGUGCAGCGCUGGGGUGCCUCGCUGGCGGCCACCGUGGUGCUCUCCAAGGUUGCCGUGCUGGCUGCCACCUCGCUGACCUGGCCGCUGUGGUGGCCCUGGGCGCUGGCCGCCAAGAAGAACCUGGCGCUGCGGCGGCAGUUCAGCUACGGCGGGCUGUGGCGCACCCAGGUGCUGGAGGUUGCCAUCACGGGGCGCCCCAAGCCCUUCACCGCCCUGGACGGCGGCGAGCGCGGCGGCACGAUGCGCAUGGCGCGCAUACUGGUGGGGGACCCGGGCGGCGCGCGGGCGGAGAUGGUGCUGCCCUACGACAGCCGCUACGAGCUGAUCCAGGCGGGCGAGGCGGCGGAGCUGCUGGUGCUCAGCAGCGACACAUCCUUCCGCCGCUUCAAGGCGGUCAAGGAUGUGUACCUGCCCAGCAGCGGCCUAUGGGUCAGCGAGUACCCCCACGCAGACCGCACCCGGUUCCUGGAGGUUGAGCGCGAGGCGCAGGCGGAGGCGGAGGCGCAGCAGUAUGGCGGCGGCGCGGCGGGGCAGGCCGGCGAGCAGCCUGGCGGCGGCGCCUGGCAGCCCGACGACUACAGCGGCGCCCGGUACUGA